CUGUCUCCUCCAACUCAGCUCCCUUGAUUCCUUUCGUUUGGUUUCUGUUGGUUUUGUGGGUUGUUCGACGAGACGAUUCUCAUAAGGGUGUUGGUUCCCGUGUUGGAAGUGUGGUUUUAUUUCGGGGUUUUUUGAAAGGUUGCCUUUCGGGUUCCUGUCAUAUCAUCCAUCCCUCGCUCUCUUGCUCGCUCGCUCGCUCCCUCCCUCCCUCUGCCUUUUUCAGUGCGCGCGCUCUUCUUUGAGCCCUUUUCUUUCUGUCAUCCCUUUCUUCUCGUGGUCGUGGUCAUGGUGGUCGUCGUCGUCUUUUUCCUGCUCUCUUGAGUAGCGCUUAAACCCCGCUCGUGAUAAAUUCAGCUCUUGGCUUUUGAGAUUGGCGGUCGGCGUUGAGUGGGUGAGUGAGGUUGAGGGGAUGAUUGCGUGAGAAAAGAUCGAGGCUUGUCUUCUGGUACUAGGAUUCACGACCAGCCAAUUUUUCGGCGCAGAUGGUGGUUUUGUUUCGAUUCGGUUUGUAGUCAUGUUUUCAAGGCAGCUUUGCUGCAAUCCCCAUUGCAAGCGCACUUCCCCCGGGGAUGGACCGACUUGUCGGUGGCAUGUACGGAAUUACGGAAGCCAAAAGGACCCCAAACAUGUCACUCUGUGUAAUGCCUGCAAGAUUAACUUCGAUCAGGGCAAGUAUUGUCCCUUCUGUGUGCAAAUAUACCGCGAAAAGGAUCCCGACAGCUUCGACGGAAAGGAGUGGGUAGGCUGCGACAAUCGGACUUGUCGACGCUGGGUGCAUGUGGAAUGUGAGAUUAGUGGAGGCAACCAAGUGGAUUCAACUGCGUUUUACCUGUGCCCCAGCUGUAGGGAGAAUGCCCAGGAAUUUGGCGACAGAAAGCGAUGUGGUCGCUUACCCGCUCAGGAUCAAACCGUCACUGCAUCCAGUCAGAUUCAGAUAGAAAACAGCUCAUCGGAUCAUGAGCAGAAGCCAAAAAUGCCACUUUCCUUGAGAAGUACUAGGCGACCCUUGCAAGUCGAUCUUUCAAAACUGGAGACGUCCUCCCUAAAACGGUACAGACGCGUCUAUAAUCUCCGCGAAGUGGCGAGCAGCUGCAAGGAGGAGCUUGUUCCUGCUGUUGCACAACAUUUUGCUGCCCAGGUUGUGGAGGAGAAUGAGACUUUGCUUUCUUUCGCAUUUUUUCUCAAGAAGAAGCAAUCUUUUGCAACCUCGUCCUUGACCCAGCAUCAUCAAGUUGCACACCCGGUCGCGAAAUAACGCCACAGAAAUACCGCUGAAGCUGGCCCAGGAAUAGAUCAGAAACUGUUUACUUCGAAUUGUGCUGGGCACUGCACUGUGCCUCCGCGGUUCGGCUCAUUCAUGUAUCUGUACAUUGACUCUGCUCUAUCUAUAACAUGCAGCUUUUUUAGCCAUUACGUUAGGUAGAUGUAACAUAUGGCGAAGACCCACUUGGCAGAGAUCGAAGUGUUACUAUUUGCUGAAUACUUACAUCAGACUUCCUCUUAUCUUUUUGGUGUUUCCUUUUCAGUCUUGCUUUAGCGGGCGAAAUAGGGCGUAUCGUACCACCCAUGGUGGUCAAUUUUACAGACUUCAGUUGCAGAAAUUAUCCAGGCAUUAGUUCAAAUUUCGGUCAUUCACUUUUUGAGAGCUUCAGAUACUUCAAGGACUGUCGUUCAACUAGAGGAAAACAACUGGCAUCAGAUGACACAUUUUCCUGAAGUCUCUGACUCUGAUCAACGCGGCUGGUAUAUGCCAGCACUUUUAUUUUUGGGAAGAUCGGAGGGUAUGCUAGUAGGAUCACACAGCCUCACAUCAAACUAUCUGAUUCUUUCAGUA